GGUUUAUUGUACUUACUUUAAAAUGUAAACAAACCAUAAUUAAAAUGUUUAAUUGUUGAUGUUUUCUACAUGAUAGGCGGGAAUUACGUGUAAAGUAAACACAAUUUAAGUGCCCGAUGUCUGUAGUCACUCUACAAAUUGGACAAUGUGGAAACCAGGUGGGAGGGCAGCUAUUUUCAGGCCUAGUGGAGGAUGUCAACACAAAACUUUCACAGACAAACCUUGGUCAGCGAGCAAACAGUGAUUAUACAGAUGAAGUCCUGGAGAGGUUCUUCCACUGCCCAGAAAAACCAGGCCAACUUCCACAGGCCAGGGCUGUCAUGGUUGACAUGGAACCCAAGGCUAUAGCCCAGACAUGCCUUGAAGCAAAGAAGUCUGGCUUAUGGAUGUACCCUCCCAAACAACAGUUUUGGCAGCAGAGAGGUUCUGGCAACAACUGGGCACAUGGGUUCAAAGUACACGGCCCUGCAGCGGAGGAGAAGAUCUUUGGAAUGAUCCAGACAGAAGCAGAGAAGUGUGACAAUGUGAGUGGCUUUCUGACAUUCAUGAGCCUGGCUGGAGGUACAGGGUCGGGUGUAGGGGCUUUCAUCACCCAGUGUCUCAAGGAUGAGUUUCCACAUGCUUUCCUGCUUAACCAGGUGGUAUGGCCUUAUUCCCUGGGCGAGGUGAUAGUCCAGAACUACAACGCUGUGCUGACCCUCUCCCACCUGUACCAGAGUGCGGAUGCUGUGCUAAUCAUGGAGAAUGACCAGCUACACAAGAUCUGUACACAGCUUCUCAACAUCAAGAAGCUUGGAUUCAAGGAUAUCAACAAAGUGAUCUGUCAUAAACUGUUGGGGGUACUGCUGCCCGCUGUGACAGAGAAAUAUCCUGGCAUAAAUUCUUCAAAUAGCCUUGGUGUGAUGCUGGAGCACCUGGUCCCUUGUCCCUCGUACAAACUACUCACAGUGAAAAACAUUCCUCAGAUGUCAGAUACAUCCAAGGACUUCAGUGUCUUCCAGUGGCAGGGCCUCAUCAAACACCUCAGACAGAUGCUCAUUGCUAAUGCUGCUAUGGAGGAAGGUAUAGACUGGCAGGUUAAGCUUGAAGACAGUCGACGGUCCCUGGCUAACACUUUGAUUCUACGAGGCCGAGACCUGGACACGGUCGACACAUCCUCGUUCUCUGACCCUCGUCUUUACCCUCCCUGGGUACCCUCAGACAGCCGCCUCUCUGUCUACACCCAACCACGUGUGUUCAGUAGUUACGAAAAGUGUGCUACGUUAGUCAGUAACAAUAAGUCUCCAAUAUAUUCGCUGAACUCUGUGAUAGACAAGGCUUGGAAUAUGUUUUCAUCACGGGCAUAUACGCAUCUGUAUGUGAAGCAUGGAUUGACUGAAGAGGAUUUUGUGGACAGUUUUGUGACUCUUGAACAAGUUGUGGCUAACUAUAAGAGUGUUUGAUGUUUAUACUGCCUUACAAAAAAUAUAAAUGCCAUAAUACAUGUACAUGUAUUGUGGUAUAAUUUGUUGAAUUUAAAUAUAAAAAAAAUGAAAUUUACAUCAUCAUUUUCUUAAUUUUGCCGUUCUUAGCUCAACUGAGUAGAAAGUGUGUGGCCAUUUACUUCAUACUUCAUAGUUUAAAAUGAUAUGGUUCUAUAUCACAUUGUGUAGAUUGUUAAAGGUGUAUGGAUCUUGAUCAGAUUGUGUAUGAUUUUUAAGGUGGUAUGGCCCAUGCAUGGUAGGAUUAUAUAUAGUCCAGACUGACUAUGCCAUAUUUUUUAUGAUUUUUAAGGUGGUAUGGCCAUGCAUGGUAGGAUUAUAUAUAUAGUCCAGACUGACUAUGCCAUAUUUUGUAUGAUUUUUAAGGUGGUAUGGCCCAUGCAUGGUAGGAUUAUAUAUAUAGUCCAGACUGACUAUGCCAUAUUUUGUAUGAUUUUUAAGAUGGUAUGGCCCAUGCAUGGUAGGAUUAUAUAUAGUCCAGACUGACUAUGCCAUAUUUUGUAUGAUUUUUAAGGUGGUAUGGCCCAUGCAUGGUAGGAUUAUAUAUAGUCCAGACUGACUAUGCCAUAUUUUGUACGAUUAGUAUGGCCUAUGCCAUGGGCGAAGUGCAGGUCACGAUUUUCUUUUCCAUAUCUUGUUUAAUUGUUCAUGAUUGUUUGGGGCAAUGGUCUGCGAGAAUUAAAAUGCUUGCAACAGA